UAAUGGAGAGAGACACUAUUGAGGCUGGCUUGGACCCCAACAAACCUCCCAAGAAAGAACCAGUUUUUCGUUUAUGCUCUAAAGACCGCAGAAGACGAUUUAGGCUUGCAAAAACCGUUCUGAAUCAAAACCGAUCAUUAAAGGAAAUUCAAAUACAGAGAAGCAGAGGUUAUAGGCCAAUUGGAAUUCUCUGAGAUAGCGUACUCAUAUAUCUUAAAAAUCUAGGCAUUAAAGAGUAUCGCUCAUGUAGCCUCUCUCAAGACCCAAACUAUGAAAAAGCUGCCUUGACAGUCAUUUCUGAUCGAUUAUCAAAAGAUUCCUAAAUUCAAUGAAGGCUCAUAUUCUGUUGAGGACAGAGAUUAUCGUAAAGGAUUAGACAAUUUAGGGCAUGCUAUGUUUCGGACAGUUAACAAAAGGAAGUCCAUCCAAGAGCAAACUAAAGUGCUUGAAAACCGCAUCAAAAUGCUGAAGGGUUCUGAAAAAUAAGGAACAUUCUAAAAUGGAAAGAAUCGGAGAACAGAUGAAUAAAUUCGCAAAGAUUCGCCAAGCCCGCUUUGAUGAGCAAAUACUUCAUCAAAAAUAGUAAAAUAACCAUCGAACGAGAGAUUAAGAAGAAAAAGACUCAGAUUAACAAAUUUAAAAAGAGAAUCAAUGAUAGUAUAAAAGAAAAAUAAAGAUGAAAUAUUUCAUCAAAACCGGAUGAGGAAGGAAAAAAUCAGCUUUGAGCUCGACCAGGCUAAAAACUAUGAGAAUGACCGGAAAAGCAUCCUUUGCAAACUCAAGCCUAAAGAAGCAAAUUCAGAGUAUGAAAGCAGGGUCCUCAGAGAGAAGCAGAGGAUCAAAAUAAACAAAGAGAAAUUCAGAAGGAUGGAAGCCAUCGAGCAACAAAUCCUAGAGAGGUAUAGUAGCCAUUAUUACAUUCAGACUAAAUGAGACCCAAAUAAAACGACAAAAUAUGUAUGAUGAGUUCAUCAAGAAGACAAUAGGAGAUAGAAAUAACCAGAAAGAAGCAUCAAGUGGUAUAAAGCCAUCUGUCAGUUUAAGAUUGAAGAGAUCUAAGAGCAAAUCGUAAAAACAAGUUUGUUUGAGAAGAAAUGGAGUUAAAAUUUUGGUUAAAAUAAAUCUGACUGCAAGCUGUUACUGUGUUUUACUUUUAUA